UAAAAGGACAAAGUAAACGUCCCUACUUUGGUAUAAAUAAAACCAGCCUUAUGAUCGUGAACAGACUUCGAGAGAAUCGUCGUCAUCGUCAUCGACAUCAUCCUCAUCUUUAGACGAACACCAAACCAUGACCAGCAUUCAAAACUCUCAGACAUCGGAGAAAAUGGCCAAUACUAUGGUUUGGUUGACUGCCUCCCUGCUUGUCCUUGUGUGGACUGAUGCCUCUGCUGCAAUGGAUCCUCAGAAAGUCUUCAAGUAUUAUAAGGCCAUGAAAACCAAGUAUCCACUGAACAACAUGUACAGUAUGGCUCUGAGAAUUCAGGGCCCCAACAACAACGAAGACCCAAGUUCAUUUUUUCAAGGUCUUGACAGUGUCAACAAUGUAAAGAGAGUAUUCCAACAGGACAGGGUGUUUGUAAGUGAUAGGGUGAUGGCGGCCAGACCUCGUCCAAAUGAAUGGACAACCGAUCAUGCUGAGGCACGUGUGGCCAACCUCUUGCGCAGUUGGUAUAACCAAAACCAAUUAAAUAGAGAUUGGAUUCUUUUCUAUGUUAAAGCAUCACCGUGUGCCACAAAAUGCGCAGACCCCAAACAUCCUGGAAACAUCCUGGGAGAAAUCGCAAAGUUGAAAAAGUGGUCCAGAUUUGCUUUUGUGUUUUCCGACGUAUUCCAGCCAAAUCCUAACAAUCAAAAUGCUCAAGGGAAAGUGUUUCAGUUUACUGAAGAAGACCAGAAAAAUGCCCUUAAGCAGGUAGCCAAAAGAAUUGGUCGCAGAAACAUAUUCCGCUGUAAUAAUAACACGUGUGUUAAGUGCUUUAACAAAAACGGGAUUGACACAUUUUGCAUUUCAGGUUAGAGUCAGAUGAAAAUGUCUUGAAAGACACAAAUCUGAGAACAUGCAUAAGUUCAACAAGAAUGCAACGCACAGCUUUAAAGUAAACUCCUUUUGAAUGUUGCAGGGACACAGGAGCUAUUGAUCAUCUACUGCCUCUUGUGGCCAAUUAAUGUCACACAAGUUUAAAAGGUCAAAACGUUCCUGUGACGUUGGAGUUUUUUUUACUGCAGUAACCACAGUAAGCAGCAGAUGACCAGUCCCCUAAUUGUCCCUGUCUCCAAAAGUAGUUUUCUGUUUUCUUCCGCCCUCUGCUGGCUAUGUAUCAGAACUUUGGAAACGCCUUAAAUCAUUGUUAACCAUUUAAAGCUGUAAUGGUUUUUUUUCCGAUUAAAGCUUCGCUCAAUGCAA